UGGAUAUUUUCCUCCUUGGCUUCCUCCCAUUCUCCUCCUCUCUCUACUAUUGGUGGAAUGGCUGGGAGGGAGGGCUUCAUUUUUUUCAUUUAUAUUUUUCCUCCUCCUCCUCCUCCUGUAUGUGUUGGGAAGUUUUGUAUUGGGUCUGUCUCUGUGCUGUCUGCUGUGAGUUGGAAAGGGACGCUCUCGGGUGAGAGAAUGCUGGGGGACCCCACGGCACUCUCCCCAGACAGAGCCCUGCUCACCGGCAGCCCUAAACCUGGCUUCAGUUGUAAGAUGGUUCUACAGGCAGUAGGAAGAGUGCUAAGGUAUGCAGGUGAUGAAUAUUUGGGUGUUUUCUUGCUAAAUUAGCUGGUUGGACAUCCUGUGAAAUGUAGCUGACGUACAAUUGGAAUGCUAAGAGCCAUGGAAGAUGUACUUCGGGUAUGGGAACUAUUUAAUGUCAUGAUCGACUUUUAAAGCUCUCAAUGCUGUAUUUCCUAUUUUCAUACAUUGUAAUAUUCUCUUCUCUCCUGUUAUCAAUCUGAGAAUUGUUACCUGAUGAAUGUACUAGAACAGUCCUGUGCAAGAGCCUUUAAAAAAAAAAAAAAAAAAGUUUUAUGUCAAUCCUCUUCUAUUUUUUGUCUGCAUGCCUAGACCCAGUGGAUAAUGGCCGCACUCUUGAAUUUUACACAGGUCCUCUUAUAACCAGGCGUGCCAGUGUUUGACAAGUGGCUUGCAUGGUGCCCUUAAAUUAAUUAAAAUGUUGGGCCUGCCUGCUCUGGUGUGCUGUUCUUGCAACUUGAGCAUUGUUAAGUUGUAAAGUGUCUGUCUGCUACAGAGAAUGUGUCACAAACAAACAUUCUUUCACAUGAACUUUUGAGGUAUGGCAAUCAGGAAACCAUGGCACCUGAUGGAGGUAACCCAUGUGGCAUAGGAGGAAGCACCCCCAGCUUUGGGACAGAUUAUUUAUGAUGGGGCGCUGUGUGUGAAGAUGGACAGAUGUAUAGUUUGUGACCGGCAGAGUACGGCUAUUAGCAAUGGUUUCACUGUGCAGAGUAUAUAUAGGUGCUCACUCUUCAACCCGUGACAGAAUGAGUUAAAUUGGCACCGUGCCAUGGUAGUACCACAUACAGCGCGUCCCAACCUGCCAUAUUAAAAGCAAUUUAGAAAGUUGUCCCAUUAUUAAGUAUUGUCCUUGGUUUGCACAAUAAGUUGGAAAACCCAAGGAUUGUUGUUUUAUUCACCAUGCCAGGAUUUGAAUGAAUAAUGUUCUAAUGAUGAUAGCUCUUAAACUGUUAGACAUUCUCUGUUCAUUAAGUCUGGCUUUUUCCCCCCUCAAAUCUGAGUGCUUUCUAUGAUUGUGUUAUUCUGUAGGAGCACAGACUGUGUUUGUAAAUGUGGAUAAUUUCUUGUUUUCUGCUUCACAAACACACAAAUAGAAACUUGAAUAUGUAUGUUGAUGUUGACGAACUGUGCCUUUAACCCCUUAAGGACACAACUUCUGGAAUAACAUGGAAUCAUGACGGGAUUAAUGUCUAAAAAGUAAUUGCUAAAUAAUAUAAAUGAUUUUAGGUUGCAGAAUUUUUUUUUACAUUUUUUCUAUUCAACUUUUCAUUAUUUCCUACCUUCCAGUUUAUUAUUUUGUGGUGUGCUGUGUAGGAUCCAGUUUAGAGUUAUUGCUGACUUUGCCUUACCUGUGUUUUUAACACACUCUUUCAAUCCGGAAUCCUAAGUUUGUUUAGAAUUUAUGUGGCCAGGGUUGAUCUAGUUCAGCGCUUCCCAGCCCAGACCUUAAGGCACAGCAACCGUCUAGGAUUUAAACUUUUAUUUCAUCUAUUCCAAACCUGGACAGCUGGUGCGCACCUUGUGUACCAUUCCUCCACCAAAAAAUUCAUAAUUAAAUACAUGCAUGUUUAUAUAUUAAAUUAAAUACAUGCAUGUUUAUAUAUUAAAUUAAAUACAUGCAUGUUUAUAUAUUAAAUUAAAUACAUGCAUGUUUAUAUAUUAAAUUAAAUACAUGCAUGUUUAUAUAUUAAAUUAAAUACAUGCAUGUAUUUAAUUAUGAAUUUUUUGGUGGGGGAAUAUCUAAGAGCAUCUAGAAAUGGCUGCAGAUCUUUUAUCUGCGGUCUUUGCAAGCCCUCCCUUUUUUCCACAUCCCACAUUUUGUGUCUGUCCAAUCACAGACUUCCCAAUGUAGCUUAAUGAGAGGUUUUUGAGAGGCAGGUGCUCUGCAGAGAUAAACUCAAGAGGCCAUUGUGCAGAGUUAAACUACCUGGAAGUAACAGGACUGGUUAUCUGACAGCCUGGGGGUGUAACAAGGCUUAUUUAUAAAUGUAUGUAUUCUGGAUGUGUGGCAGCUUUGACUCCCCUAACUCCCCUAGUCUCUUCUUUCUGGUAAUAUGGUUGAUUUGCAGAAAAAGGUGCAGGGAGGCAGCGCCUGUGGUGUUUUCAAAUCCAGGGUAAUAUGUGAAAUAAGCACAGAGAACGUAAUAUAGUGUAGUAUGUCAGGAGUUCUGAUAUCUUAACAAGGACAAAGGUUAUACUUUGGAUAUGGUAGUGUGUCCUCGUGCUUGUUAGUUGGUGCUGUUCUUUGUGUUUUUAGUGGUGGUGCCGUAGCCUGGCAGGGAGGUAUCCUCAGUAGGCAGGAGAAGAAAUAAAAACAGAAUAUAGUGCUCUCUAUAUGUUAAAAAUAAAACAAGACAUACUCACAAAUGGAGGUAUUGCUCAAUCCCAAAGCGCUUAGGUGGUAUUAUCCCCACCAAGGAUAUCCCUGUGGGAGUCUUCUGGAUAAAAAAAAGCUUGAAAGAUAGGUCUGGAAUCUCCAAGUGGUAUAAAAUGAAUGAUAACUUUUAUUUGGAGAUAAAAAAAAAUAACGAAGUAUAAAAGAAUAAUAAAACAUUUAUAAAUGUGCCAAUUUCUGGUGAAAUCUGCACUCUUUGUAAAAAGAAAAAAAGACAUCAUACUCUUCAAACAUAAAGCACUCCGGAAGCUAAAGUGCUUUAGGUGUGUGUGUGUGGUGUGAUCCAAACGACUGACACUUGUGCAGACGAAAACCUUAAAAACCAUAGGACCGUGGCUAUUUCAGUAAUGCAGCCUGAGAUGGUGUGUAUGGGGCAGGUGUUUUUAUGUAGGUUUCUGUUAUAGCCAUGGUCCGAACAGGUAUGAACAGUAGAUUACUGUAAUAGAAGACAUGCUGGUAAUUGUAAUAGUGCAGCAAUGUGUCGUGGGUGUCGAUUCCUCUAAUAGAGGAGUAAGCUGGGGUUCUAUAAUGUGCAUGUGCUAGGGGCCCGGCCAUUACUUGGUGAAACACUGAUUAUUUUCUUGUUAUCGUACGGACAGUUAUUCUGUGUGUCCUGUUGUGUCCAAGGUUGUUUGGGCAAGAGUGGUGUGAUUUACAAAUGGUGUCUGUUUUAGUAAGAGCCGCCUUGUCAGCAUAGUGAUCAGCAAUACUGUGGAAACUGUGCUUUUAUAAAUGCUGGGAAAAAGAAAACUAGAUAAAAAAAAAAAACGGUUAUAAACUAGCCAGAUAUCAGAUAAGGGCACCUGUUAUUAGAAAAGAUGAAUGUAAUGCGGGUGCUGAUGGCAGUUAUAUAUAACUUUAACGAAGCAUGCUAAACUGAUCGCAGGUGAGUGAAGUGCGCACACACUGGGUGGAGAAGGUAUACCGUGGCCGGGUGUAUCCUGCAGGGUACCUUUCCUGUACUCUGUCCGUGGCCGGGUGUAUCCUGCAGGGUACCUUUCCUGUACUCAGUCCGUGGCCGGGUGUAUCCUGCAGGGUACCUUUCCUGUACUCAGUCCGUGGCCGGGUGUAUCCUGCAGGGUACCUUUCCUGUACUCAGUCCGUCCGUGGUCCGUGGCUGGGUGUAUCCUGCAGGGUACCUUUCCUGUACUCAGUCCGUGGCCGGGUGUAUCCUGCAGGGUACCUUUCCUGUACUCAGUCCGUGGCCGGGUGUAUCCUGCAGGGUACCUUUCCUGUACUCAGCCCGUGGCCGGGUGUAUCCUGCAGGGUACCUUUCCUGUACUCAGUACGUGGCCAGGUGUAUCCUGCAGGGUACCAUCCCUGUACUCAGUCCGUGGCUGGGUGUAUCCUGCAGGGUACCUUUCCUGUACUCUGUCCGUGGCCGGGUGUAUCCUGCAGGGUACCUUUCCUGUACUCAAUCCGUGGCCGGGUGUAUCCUGCAGGGUCCUGCAGGGUACCUUUCCUGUACUCAGUCCGUGGCCGGGUGUAUCCUGCAGGGUACCUUUCCUGUACUCAGUCCGUGGCCGGGUGUAUCCUGCAGGGUACCUUUCCUGUACUCAUGUCCGUGGCCGGGUGUAUCCUGCAGGGUACCUUUCCUGUACUCUGUCCGUGGCCGGGUGUAUCCUGCAGGGUACCUUCCUGUACUCAGUCCGGUGGUCGUGGGAGGUAUCCUGCAGGGUACCUUUCCGCACCUCUGUCCGUGGUCGGGCGUGUAUCCUGCAGGGUACCUUUCCUGCAUCAGCCCGCGGGUCGGGUGUAUCCUGCAGGGUACCUUUCCUGUACCGUGUCCGUGGCCGGGUGUAUCCUGCAGGGUACCAUCCCUGUACUCAGUCCGUGGCCGGGUGUAUCCUGCAGGGUACCUUUCCUGUACUCUGUCCGUGGCCGGGUGUAUCCUGCAGGGUACCUUUCCUGUACUCAGUCCGUGGCCGGGUGUAUCCUGCAGGGUACCUUUCCUGUACUCAGUCCGUGGCUGGGUGUAUCCUGCAGGGUACCUUUCCUGUACUCUGUCCGUGGCCGGGUGUAUUCUGCAGGGUACCUUUCCUGUACUCUGUCCGUGGCCGGGUGUAUCCUGCAGGGUACCUUUCCUGUACUCUGUCCGUGGCCGGGUGUAUCCUGCAGGGUACCUUUCCUGUACUCUGUCCGUGGCCGGGUGUAUCCUGCAGGGUAUGUUUAUAACGCUGUACAAUGGGUGGACUAACAGACAUGUAUUUGUUCAAGUGUGUCCAAUUCCUCUGGUUACAGAGGGAUUGAGGCCCUGCUCGGUGAGUUUACAUGUUAGAGGGAGUGGGGUAUAGUGACACAGUAACAGAGGGAUUGAGGGCCCUGCUCAGUGACUUUACAUGUUAGAGGUAGUGGGGUAUAGUGACACAGUAACAGGGGGAUUGAGGGCCUGCUCAGUUAGUUUACAUGUUAGAGGGAGUGGGGUAUAGUGACACAGUAACAGAGGGAUUGAGGGCCUGCUCAGUGAGUUUACAUGUUAGAGGUAGUGGGGUAUAGUGACACAGUAACAGAGGGAUUGAGGGCCCUGCUCAGUGAUUUUACAUGUUAGGGGUAGUGGGGUAUAGUGACACAGUAACAGAGGGAUUGAGGGCCCUGCUCAGUGAUUUUACAUGUUAGGGGUAGUGGGGUAUAGUGACACAGUAACAGAGGGAUUGAGGGCCCCGCUCAGUGAGUUUACAUGUUAGAGGAAGUGGGGUAUAGUGACACAGUAACAGAGGGAUUGAGGGCCCUGCUCAGUGAGUUUACAUGUUAGAGGGAGUGGGGUAUAGUGACACAGUAACAGAGGGAUUGAGGGCUCUGCCCAGUGAGUUUACAUGUUAGAGGGAGUGGGGUAUAGUGACACAGUAACAGAGGGAUUGAGGGCCCUGCUCAGUGAGUUUACAUGUUAGAGGGAGUGGGGUAUAGUGACACAGUAACAGAGGGAUUGAGGGCCCUGCUCAGUGAGUUUACAUGUUAGAGGGAGGGGGGUAUAGUGACACAGUAACAGAGGGAUUGAGGGCCUGCUCAGUGAGUUUACAUGUUAGAGGGAGUGGGGUAUAGUGACACAGUAACAGAGGGACUGAGGGCCUGCUCAGUGAGUUUACAUGUUAGAGGGAGUGGGGUAUAGUGACACAGUAACAGAGGGAUUGAGGGCCCUGCUCAGUGAGUUUACAUGUUAGAGGGAGUGGGGUAUAGUGACACAGUAACAGAGGGAUUGAGGCCCUGCUCAGUGAGUUUACAUGUUAGAGGUAGUGGGGUAUAGUGACACAGUAACAGAGGGAUUGAGGGCCCUGCUCAGUGAUUUUACAUGUUAGGGGUAGUGGGGUAUAGUGACACAGUAACAGAGGGAUUGAGGGCCCUGCUCAGUGAGUUUACAUGUUAGAGGGAGUGGGGUACAGUGACACAGUAAUAGAGGGAUUGAGGGCCCUGCUCAAUGAGCUUACAUGUUAGAGGGAGUGGGGUAUAGUGACACAGUAACAGAGGGAUUGAGGGCCCUGCUCAGUGAGUUUACAUGUUAGAGGGAGUGGGGUAUAGUGACACAGUAACAGAGGUAUUGAGGUCCUGCUCAGUGAGUUUACAUGCUAGAGGGAGUGGGGUAUAGUGACACAGUAAAAGAGGGAUUGAGGGCCCUGCUCAGUGAGUUUACAUGUUAGAGGGAGUGGGGUAUAGUGACACAGUAACAGAGGGAUUGAGGCCCUGCUCAGUGAGUUUACAUGUUAGAGGGAGUGGGGGUAUAGUGACACAGUAACAGAGGGAUUGAGUCCCUGCUCAGUGAGUUUACAUGUUAGAGGGAGUGGGGUAUAGUGGCACAAAAGGGAAGGGUGAAACAGUAGGUUGCUAGGAUAGUGUACCUUAUUUAAUAAUCCUCAUUUCACAGUUACAGUACAGUUGAAGUUCCCUUCUCCACAUUUGUUAUAAACAUAGAUCCAAUGCUUCGUUUUUGGCACAACCUCCAUUUAUCUUUUCAAGAGAAAACAAAAUAAUUAGCAUUGCGGGGGUGAAGACACACUCGUGCCUCAUCAUUGCUUCCUUCCCGCUUAAUCCAGAAUAGUUGCACUGUUGGUCAUGGCAAGUCCCCCAACUUACUGUGUCCUGAUGGUAAACGCAGGGAAGGAUUAAACGUCAGACCCUUCAUAUGCAAUUAUUGGUUUUCUGAUACUUCAGCUAUAGACUUUUUAAGGGUGCAUUCUAGGAAUGCAAUGAUCAACCAAAAGAGGCACACAGCAUUUCUGUUAGUACACAAGUUAAUACUCUGGAUGCACAGGUACCUGCCUUGGGGUACAGCACCAAUGGGUGCGGUAUCCAAAUAGGCAAUAUAUUGUAUUAAUGUAUUGACAAACAAAUUCUCCUUUUACAAUUGUGGUGCUCUGUAAGGGGAUCUGAAUGCAGCUGCCAGGACUCCCAGCCUCUGCUCUGGCUUCCUCCUGAGCACCGGACCAGAAGGAGCAAUUAAUAAUUGUCUGCAUCGGUGCAGACCAUAUACUCAACCACCAGGGAAUUGUUAUUGAGAUCAUUGUACCACUAGAUAUUUAUUAUUAACUCCACCAGACCACCAAGCAUUUAUUAACCCCCACUAAACCGUGUGGGAAUUGUUAUGGAGAUCAUUGUACAUAUUAAUUAUUAUUAUCCACUGGACCUCCAGGCAUUUAUUAUUGACCCCCACUAAACCACGUGGGAAUUGUUGACUCCUUCAGGACCACCAGCUCUUUAUUAUGAACCCAAUUGAAUCACUAGGAGAGUUAACACCCUUUAAAAGAAAUGUGAGCAGGAGAGGGGGCAAAAUAUUUUUAUUGUAUUUAUGCACUUAAAGUAAACCCGUAUCUCAAGCUGAACCCCUGUUUUUAUCUUUAAUUGUAGUGCUGGCAAUAUGAGAAUUAGUUUUUGACUUAGUUUCGGGCAUUCAGGCUCAGAAAGGUUUGCCAUCACUGCUCUAGGGGGAACACACUUUAUUGUGAAUGUGUGAUAUAGAAUUAAACAUAUGUAAUGUAAGAGUAAAAAAACAAAAAAAUGAAGACAACAAUUUUUCUCAGACAAGCGAAGGGCUACACCCGUCAGAAGCCUAUUGUUUUUGAUGUUUGGGUUUUUCUUACAUCCUAAGUCCCUGGCCUGCUUAAAACCCCUUUCACUUGUGUGAUCACAAAACGAGGGGGGUCCUGCAUGGGAGAUAUGAUGGGCAUCAUUUGUGAUUGCUUUAUGAUGCCUUGUAACAUCAGCUGGCCUGCGUGAAAAUCACCCUUCUCACCCAACAAACAGUCCGUACUUUCUCUUAUAUUCGGAUGUCCGUAAAGUUCCUAUGCCAGGGCUUGACAAAUGUGUUUGGAAAUUGAAGCCAGCUAAAAAAAGUUAGAAGCCAGUUUUUUUUCGUUUUUUUUUAAACUAACAGUCUGUAAUGAAUGCUGCCGCCAGACUGAUUUUCCUCUAGUCGGUCCUCUAACACCUCACCGCUCUGUCAGUCCUUACUUUGGCUUCCUGUAUCCUAUAGGAGUCAAUUCCAAGGUACUAACCCAUACCUAUAAAUCAUUGACCAAUUCUAGCCCAUCUUACAUCUCUUCACAGAUCCAUAGGUAUGCCCCUUCUCAGUCCCUCCGCUCUGCCCCUGUCUGAUACUCGUGUGGCCAACUCGCGCUUGCAGGAUUUCUUGUAGGCGGCUGCCUACUGCCAUCAGACUCUCCUUGACUUCUUACCUGGUGUUCCAUGGGCGCUUCUCCCUGUCUCUACUACAGCUACAGAAGAAUUGGAAACCUCUUUUUCACUGAGCUUAGCUUGGCUGUGCAGGCUGGGUUCAUUUGCAGAGGAAACAACUAAGCAGGAGCUUUGGGCUCUAUCUGAGUUUUAAAGGAGGUAGAGAUUGGUUUCUUGUAAUGAGAAAAACUAUUCUGAUUUUGACUCCUUUCAAUGCAGGGUCACUAGAGGGUGCAAUAGUGGUUGGGUUGCUUUGAGUGUUCCUUUAAAUGUUGUUGUUUCUUCAGGUGGCGUGUUUAGUGAAGAUAAAAUGACCGUCUGACUCGCAGAAUAGCAGCUUGUAUCUUUGCAGGCGAAUGCUGCUUUCACGGUAGUUAUGGUGUCUAACAGUUAAACAGCGACAUGGAUACUAAAGUAAGAAUUGUCAGGAAUUCUAUGUGCAAGUAAAACCAGAACAGCUGACCUGUAGAAUUUUCUUUAAUUCUAUUGUCUUGGCCUUACAUUUGAAAUUCCCUUUGAAUUCCAAAUAGUUCAUUCACACUUUUGUAAAUAUUGGGAUCUUAUCACUCAGAGUUCAGUUACUUGUUGCCCUGCUUGGCAUAAAACAUGAUGCAUAAAUGAAGUCCAAGGGUGGCCACAUAGUUGAAUGCACGGCUUGUGACUGAAGUGGAAUCUCACAACCCCUUGUGCGCACUUACAUGCUAAAAACUGCAGUGUUCCACACACAUUAUAGUGACCACUCACACAGCUCUGCUGAUAUGCUUUUAGAACAAAAGAAUAUUCUGAAACAAAACACCCGUGAAGGUCUGGUGCAAGUUUUCUUGACUCCCAAAAUGAUGCUCUCACCAUCCUCAAUACAUAGCAUGGAGAAAGGGUGUCUGUGCAGCUCUUUUCUCUAGCUUUCAGUCACUUCUGGAUUUACUAGUGAUUUUGUAUAGAUGAUUUUUUUUUAUUUUUAUUUUUUUUAAAUAAAUGAUCUUUAAAAAGACACUUUAGUCACCAAAGUGAAUUUAGAUUCAUGUAGCAGUUUUGGUUUAUAGAUUAUGCUCCUGCAGUUUCAUUGCUCAAUUCUCUGCAAUUUAGGAGUUAAAUCACUUUGUUUACACAACCCUAGCCACACCUCCCUGCAUGUGACUUACACGGACUUCCUAAACACUUCCUGUAAAGAGUCAUCUAAUGUUUAAACUUCCUUUAUUGCAAAUUCUGUUUAAUUUAGAAUUAAUCUCCUACUGUGUUAAUAGCUUGCAAGACCUCGCUGGAGCCUCCUGUAUGUGAUUCAAGUUCAAUUUACAGAGCAGGAGAUAAAAACUUUUAGAGGCAACUUAAAAUAAGUUAACAUUUGAUUGAGCAGUGAGACUUUAGAGGCAUGAUCUAUGCACCAAAACUGUUUAAGCUAAAGUUGUUUUGUUGUCUAAAGUAUCCCUUUUAAAGGGACACUAUAGUCACCAGUGCAACUACAUGUAUUUCUAACCCUAUCGUGUUAACACGACCAUCUAGCAUCUAGCCCCCCUGGACCCUUCAUGCCUCCAUAAAUAUAGUAACUAUCUUACUGUAUUCAAGCCAGAAGCUGUAAAUCUGCAUGCUGAUACUCAGGAAAAACAAGCAGUCUGCUGACAUGUGAUAGCCUGAUCCAAUCACAGUGCUUCCCCAUAGGAUUGGCUGAGACUGACAAAGAGGCAGAUCAGGGGCAGAGCCAGCAUGAGUCAAACACAGCCCUGGCCAAUCAGCAUCUCCUCAUAGAGAUGAAUUGAAUCAAUGAAUCUCUAUGAGGAAAGUUCAGUGUCUGCAUGCAGUGGGAGGAGAAACUGAAUCACAGGAUGCUCGUGCACAGCAGAUCUCAGUGCAUGGAGGCAUAUUAUGCCUCCAUCAACUCAGAAGUCCCUCUGGUUCACUCUGAGUGACUGCAACUGCAGGUGUUCCUAGCUUUCAAUUUAAACACUGUAUUUUCCCAGAAAAUACAGUGUUUACAUUAGAAAGGCUGCAGGUAGCUAUAGGUCUCACCUGAACAACCUCAUUAAGCUGAAGUUGUUCAGGUGACUAUAGUGUCCCUUUAAAGCAAGCAUGUCAAACUCUCGGCCCGGCGAUCCGCGAUUACAUGCUUGUUGUUAAAGCAGAGUACCCACAUUGCAGGUGCCUACUCUACUAAAACUUACCUGGCCAGGGAGGAGGCCUGCGAGGGAGCUCAGUCUUCCUGCUCCUCACUGGUCCCUCACGCGCCGUCUGUAGUGAAGCCGGGCACCGUAAUAUGAUGUCAUAAUCCAGCACCCGGCAUCACUAAACCGAGCAGUGAGGAGCAGAUAGAAGAUCCCCAGGGAGAGGCCCCACAUCUGCUCCCAAAGGUAGGGAGCAAUAAAGAAAAUGUGUGUGUGUCUGUCAGUGAGUGUGUGGGGCAUUGUUGCCCUGGCUGCGACUGGACAGUGGAGUACCUGGAGGUGUAUGGAGGCACUCGACGCCACGUCACAUUCCGACGUGACAUCAACGUGCUUCACCUUCACAGGGUUUCAAGAAGUAGCGGGAGGAUCAGAUUUGGCAAAGCGUGAAGACAGCAACAUUUGGGCUAUACUAGAGGCCGGACUCGAGUCGCAUACUGGCAGUGUUAAAGUGAGUGGAGUCCUCUUGUUGGCUUGUUGGGAUUUAGUAUGAGGGGGAUGGGGGGUUUGCUGGGAUUUAAUAUGGGGGGGGGGACUGGGAUUUAGUAGGGGGUAGGGGACUCGUAUUUAGUAGACUGGGGAGGAGGUGUAAGGGGACCACUGGGAUUUAGUAGAGGGGGGUUGCUGGGGGCUUUUUUUAUACUGUACUUUUCAAAAUAAACCAAUGUUUCUAUGAAAAUGUGUAAGGUUUUUUUUGGGGGGGGGGGGGGUUUGCGGCUCACCUAAACUUUAAACCUUGUUUAUGUGGUCCAUGCUAGACUUUGAGUUUGACAUAAAGUCAAGUUGGUUGUAAGUAUGCUUUAACCCACUAAUCACUACAUAUUGUAGGCUCUCUACCCACCAUGUAAGUUUGUGCACACUGUUAUCUGGUAAAAUUUAAAAUAUAUACUAUAUACUUAAGAAUAGUUUUUCCUAGCCUCUAGGGUGGCGGACCGCUCUUCUGCAAUUGACAUAACAUGUGCAGGUUGUCAGCAUAACCGAGCCCAUAUGAAGUAGGUGACUUUUUUUUCAAUAUGCUUUCUUUCUGAACACCUUGUGGGGAAAAAAAAGCCAUCUCAAGCCUGCAUGUGGCUAGUGGAAUAUUCAUUUUGAAUAUUGGUGUGUCUGAGGGCUGUCACUGUGUGUGAAUGCUUAGAUAAUGUGUAUGGAAACGCAGCGCACUGUCUGUGUCUCUGGCUUUUGUGAAGGAAGUCUGGCAAUGUGGCUUCCUUCCGGUAUUGGUGAUAGCUCUGGCACCUAUACCUUCCCUACCAUUGUAGCACCAUUCUGUCUCUUAUAACCAGAGUGCCAGUUAGUGCUUCCCUCCUAUCAGCCUGUGCCCUCCUUUUUCCUGUAUGUGUUUUGCUCAGAUUAUGGUAUGUAUCGCAUGUCUGGGCACUGCCCCCUCCUCACCCUUCCCUGUCCCCAGGAUUCUGUGCUGGCUCUGGAAUUCCUUUUAAGGCAAAGACUCCUCUGUGAGAAAGUAAGCACAGGAAACGCAGGUUGGCAGAGGAGCUAGUUUCGUAACUCUCUCAUCACCAGCAUAUGAUGGCACAUGCUGGCCUAUAGUAUGAUCAGUUAACCUUUACAUGGCCAGAUUUCUUUGGAAAAGGGACUGCAAUAGAACUUUAGUGGUUCAGAUAAUAUCCAUGGAUUUCUGAAUAUCAGACAUCAGGUAUAUGUUUUAUAUAGUGUGAAGAAUUUUGACCAUUUGUAAAGGCUGUGAGCUUAGUUCAGCUUCUUCCUUUGAUAAUUAUGAACUAGAAUACUCAAAAAAUGGAAAUUAAGUAUAGAAACUAAAGUAUGUGUGUGCGUAUAAACAAUUUUCCUUCUUUUAAGAUAUUAGAUAAAGAAUACACAAGAUGUAUUAUUAUUUAUGUUUGUACUCUGUUAUAUAUUACUGUUGUGGUUUAUAUAUGAAGGACUUGUGAUAUGGAUAUUGUUGCCCUAUUUCAAAAUGGUGAACUACAUCGUUUAGAUAGAGCUGCUAUGAAUUGUAAAUCUGGUGAAACCCGGAAGUACCGCAAUGACGCAUACAUGAAGAUAUAAAGCACCAAGAACGGACAUUCACCAUGCACUUUGAGAAAGACCCCAAGGUCGAAACACGUUCGUGCUGGUGGAUUUUUAUUUGUAUGCAGUUGGCUUAUGCUGUAUGCCUUCUUUUACUCUGUUAUUGUAUCCAGUAAAAUUAGUGUUAUCAUUCAUUCUGGAUCCUGCUCUUCCUUUGGCACAUGAGACUUCUACAGCCUGAAUAAGCUGAUUAUUCAACUGCUAUCUAAGCCAGAGCCUGCUUGUUGUGGCUCUGGAAAGUGUGAGUGACCCAAUACCUCUGUAAUAGAUCUUUUAUAUACAUCUAACAGUAUUAUGCUAUGAUUUCUUUAUCUGUUUCAGAUCAAGAGGUUCCUCAUGUAUAAGUAUACUAUUUAAAAUUGCUGUAUUAUUGUGCACCCUCCAUUACGUUUUAUUUUCUUUUUAAACACUUAAGUGCUUUUUGAGUGAUUUUAGGCACUGGGGGUAGUUGAAUUUUUUCUGUGUGUACAUCACAGCGCCAAUCCUCCACUAUUUUCUAUUUUUUCCUGUUUGGAUUUAAUAUCUUCUUCUCUGCGUAUAAACUCUAAUUAAUAAAAAAAAAAAAAAAGUUUUAAUAAGGUCUUAUAGAAAGGAAAUUUGUUUUCCCCCUAUCCUGUAUUUGAAAGUGUUUAUUGUGAAUAUGAAAGCUACAAUCAUAGCACCAUCACCACUGCCAUCUAUUUGAGUGGUUUCGUUGCAAGCAGCCUUUGGGCGAUGUCUCUCCGGUUUUUCUUUUACACACAGGUGUAUUGAGGAUCCUACAGAGUUUGUUUGUAAAUUCCCUGUUUGGUAUUUGAUACAUGUCUAUAUUGCAUUUCAAAAGACUUGUGUAUGAUUUGAAAACUUAGUUUCCACUCCCCUCUCAACAGGAAAUCGAAGACAAAGCCAAAUGGUAAGAAGCCUGCAUCGGAAGAGAAGAAAUUGUACUUGGAACCAGAGUAUACACGCGUCCGUGUUACCGAUUUUGAAUUCAAGCAACUGGUUGCGUUACCGCAGGAGAUUGACCUCAACGAGUGGUUGGCGAGCAACAGUACGUUUUGCCUAUUACUCUUUACUCCAUCUGACUGAUUCCGGGAACAGCUUGUGUGUUUCUCUCACUACCAUAAAAUGUUUGAACAUUUAUUAUAUGCACCUGUAGCAUAAAAAUCAAACAGUCCUUUCUCUCUGCUUCUUUCAGUCACCACUUUCUUCAACCACAUUAACCUUCAGUACAGCACCAUCUCAGAGUUCUGCACAGGGGAGACCUGCCAGACUAUGGCUGCCUGCAACACGUGAGUCCAUGUCUUGACAAGUAUCGGGCUAGGAGGAGGUUCCAGCAGCAGCAGCAGCAGCUCACAUUUUAAGUCUUCGAUUUCCAGUACAUAAAAUGUUAGCACGUUAAAGUUCAAAAGGCAAAAAUAGCUGUUUGGUAAAAAUUCUUCAGUGUUUAGUAACUGUUCAUUUUAGUCUAAAUUAUGUUUCGAUUUUCAUGUGCUACAAUUCAGAUGUUAGUGGAUGGAACGUGUUCCAGCAAGAACCUUUUUAGGAACCAUUCUAUUUUUAGGUUCUUGAUUUUUCAGUUCAUUGAAUGUAAGAAUCUUAUUCACGGAAUCAGGAUGCCAUAAUUUAGACAAAAAUGACUGGUGUGGAAAAUGAUCCAACUGGACUGUAGUGACAGCUUUACCAUGUUUGCCCUUUUUUAAAAUUUGGAAUACCCCAGUAAAUGCUUUCUGCAUUGUAAAAAUAUAUUUAUUUUAUCAACCUUCUACUGGCCAUGUGAUCCAAAAAGUCUGUAUUCUGCUUUGUAAAUUACUUGGCUUUACCAGGCUUCUGUCAUAACAAAUAAGUCCAGUUUUAAAGGAACACUCUAGGAUCAGGAACACAGACAUGUAUUCCUGACCCUAUAGUGUUAAUACCAACAUCCAACCCCCCUCUUGACUCCCUAAAUAUUGUAAAAUCUUACUUGUAUUCAAGUUUGCAGCUGCUGCCCCUGACCUGCCUGCUUGGCUGACAUUAUUAGAAGUGAUUCUCUGAGCCAGUCACAAUGCUUUCCUAUAGGAUUGGCUGAGACUUUCACGGAGGCAGAUCAGGGGCAGAGCCAGCACAAUUCACAGCCCUGACCAAUCAGCAUCUCCUCAUAAAGAGGAAUUGAAUCAAUGAGGAAAGUUCACUGUAUGCAUGGAGACACUGAAUGUCAGUCACAUUGUGCAGCACUGCCCCAGGAAGCACCUCUAACAGCCAUCUGAGGAGUGGCCAGUGGAGGUAUCACUAGGCUGUAAUGUAAUGAAAAGACAGUGUUUACAGCAAAAAGCCCUAAGGGACUGAUUCUACUCACCAGAACAAAUACAACAAGCUGCAGUUGUUCUGGUGACUAUAUUGUUCCUUUAAUGUGCUCAGAAUUAUAUCUAUAAAUUGUAUUCGUGAAAUGGCUAACAAUAUACAGCAGUGCAGAAUUUGUUGGUGCUUUAUAAAUAAUAAUAAUACAAAUAUAGUUCCCUAGAGCGGAGCCUACAAAUAUAGCCACUGCUGAUAGAUGUGCUUUGCUGCAGCCCUCUUAGGAGACAGAAGUUAACGUGAGGUACAUAUAUUGUUUUACCUCUUAUGAACUGCAUAUUGAAUAUUUACCAACUGCACAGGAAUAAGGUCAUGCACAUAAUUCCUUUAAUUAUUGCUUCUUAAAGCACCCAUGCAUAUCUGGCAAAAACCUCUGAAGGUGACUUUCUAGCUCAGUGUGCAGAGACCGGGAAAAUGAAGGGAGAUAGUCUCACCUGAAACUCUCCCUUUUGGCUGUCACCAUAUCCUAUCACUUCAUUUACCAGGAGCCCACAUCACUGCUCUACUCUCAAACAUGCCCCAGCGUGAAACACUCCAGAUUUGUGGAGGAUCCUAUGAGAGUGUGGCAUCCUCCAUAGCUCCCCUUUUGUCAGGCGCAAUAGGGUGACUUUUUUUCCUUCGCCAUUUUGUCAUGGUUUGUUCGCUUUUAAUUUGGCUGUAAAACAAAGUAGUCCCUAGUUUGUUUUAUGAUAUCUUUUGAUUGUGUUGCAAUUUCAAUUAAACACCAACGCAUUCAUUGAGUGAAUAAUUCAAGAUGGUUUUUAUUCUUUACAAAAUACUGAAGUACUAUUGCAACGACAGAGAUGCUAUAAUUAGUUUAUGGAUUUGAACUUGUCCUGAGCACAUACUUCUCUUGUUACAGACAAUACUACUGGUAUGAUGAGCGGGGGAAAAAAAUAAAAUGCACAGCACCACAAUACAUAGACUUCGUCAUGAGCUCUGUACAGAAACUUGUAACAGACGAGGAUAUCUUCCCCACCAAAUACGGUGAGUGAAAAAAGACAGCAGUAUGUUGGGGCCAUUGCCCAGUUUCCUGUUAGCAUAUAGUGAGUUUUCCAAGUUAGCUUGUCUUGUUUUAAUUUAGUUGGCCUGAACACGAUUUUAUUAUAUUCAUUUAUUUAUAUUUAUCUAAAAGAUUUGUAAACGUCUGCUAUGAAGUGAACUUAUUGUUGUACAUUAUGGAAUCACAGUUAAAGGGACACUAUAGGGUCAGGAACUCAAACAUGUAUUCCUGACCCUAUAGUGUUAAAACCACCAUCUAGCCCCCUUGUCUCCCUAAAUAUAUCAAAAUCCUACUUUUAUUCAGGUCUGCAGCUGCUGCCUCUGACACUGAUCAGCCUUCUUGUCUGACAUCAUCAGAAGUGAUUCUCUGAGCCAAUCACAAUGCUUUCUCAUAGGAUUGGCUGAGACUUUCAGGCAGAUCAGGGGCAGGGCCAGCACAAGUCAAUUACAGCCCUGGCCAACUGGCAUCUCCUCCGAGAUGACUUGAAUCAAUGCAUCUCUAUGAGGAAACUUCAGUGUAUUUAUGCAGAGAGUAGAGACACUGAAUGUCAGUCACACUGUGCAGCACUGCCACAGGAAGCACCUCUAGCAGCUAUCUAAGUAGUGGCCAGUGAAGUUAUCACGAGGCUGUCAUUUAAACACUGCAUUUUGUCUGUUUACAACAAAAAGCCUGAAGAGAAUGAUUCUACUCACCAGAACAAAUGCAAUAAGCUGUAGUUGUUCUGGUGACUAUAGUGUCCCUUUAAGCUGGGGAAGAGUUGGAUUAUGGAAUGUGUAGACGGGCGUAAGAAGCAAGAUGUCAAUGACAUAAGUGACAUGUGAUGUAAGUUUUCUAACGUUUCUCCUCACCCAAAGCCUCUAAAAUACUAUAUUGUAUAUUGACCCAAGAUAUGGAAUUUUUUUAAACCUGCUAUAAUAAAUCAUUAGUCCCUUUAUGACUUGCAGAUUCUGUCAAAUUAUGGAAUUUGCUUAACCUCAUGUUGUAAAUGUGGGUAAUGUAAAGGACAUAAUGUGUUUUUGUGAGUUGUCCAUUAUGUGCUUUGAUUUUUGUUUCUGAAUUGUUCUUUUCAGAUUGAUGUUUAUUUUCUUUUUGCUAUAGGCAAGGAAUUUCCAAGCUCGUUUGAAUCUCUAGUCAAAAAGAUCUGCAGAUACUUAUUCCACGUUCUGGCCCACAUCUACUCUGCUCAUUUCAAAGAAAUUGCAGCCCUGGAGCUACAUGGACAUUUAAACACUCUCUUGAUCCACUUUCUCCUCUUUGUACGGGAGUUCAGCUUACUGGACCCCAAGGAGACCGCCAUCCUGGAUGACCUGUCUGAAAUCCUCUUCUCGGAGGACAGUAGGGAAGCAGCGGGGGCCACAGGAGGGGCACAGAACCAUGUAAAGGAGAGAUGAGCCCCCCUCCCCACUAUUGUCCCGCUUCCUCUCCUCCCACUGCCCACUCCCAACAUGCCCCAGCCCCUACAGAGCUGGACUACCUCCAAGCUCGAGCACAGGGGAUAAGUGGGUUACAGGAACUGCGAUGCCAGUUUUGGAUGUGGGGAGGGCUCUGCCUGUUAUUCCCCAGCUUGAAGGGGAGAAAACUUUGCUCUUAUCUUUAGCAGGAAGUUGCACCAAUUACCACCUUAUUUUUAUUUUGUGUCUUGAGAUUUUCUUUCUUCCUUCCAUCUUUUUGUUCUUUACUUUCUCUCCUCAUUUUGAUUCCUCCUGUUUGUGUUUUAUUUUUCUUUCUCUCUCCUCUUUUCUGGUUUAAUUCUAUUAUUCUAUUAAGAGAAAAUAUUUCCAUUUUCUAUUUUAUUUUGCUGUGGCUUUUGGAAGAACGAUAAUGGCUUCUGAUUGGGGUGACAAAUGGGUGAGAUGGACUGCCUGAGCUGAGAAGAUUAUCCUAGCUGCUGCCUGUAGUCUCCUCUUGUGGAUCGAAUCAAGUCUCCUCCCCUCACAUUUGGACAUCAACCUUCCUCUCCCCAUGCUGGGGAAGAGGGGGAUGCAGGGCGCUCACCCCUGGUUGAGGUGGAACCGUAUGGUCAGCUUCUUUUAGUUCAUCUGUUAAAUAAUGAUAUUAAUAAUAAAACAGAUUCUAUCAGUCUGUGCCGCCUCUGUGUUUAAUGUUUUGGGGUUG